AAGGUGUCUGUGACUCUAAGUUAGGAAAAUGUUUCCUUAAAGGGUAAUAGGGCUUGAGUUUCUUUCUGAAUUUGUGCAUAAGUGUGGAUGAAUGCUGAACGGAAAAGGAAAUUGUGACAGUCUACACAGACUUUCGAGGUACAGAGGUUUGAAAGUUAGAAAAAAAAUUCUUGGAGGGUAUGAACAAGUAUAAUAGCAGAUUUUGUCUGGCACUCGCUAAUACGUGAAAAAACCCCCCCUUUCCUUGACCAUGUAUUUUUUAUGGUCCACUUAGGCAGGAAAAAGCAAUUGAGAGAUUGCAAUGUGAAUGUACUCACUGUGUUACAGAAAAAUCAAGACCGUGAGUGGAAGUCUUUGAAGCAGUGUGUUUUGGUUUGGUAGGAAGUGAACACGAUUUUCUGUAAAUAAUGUGCUCAUUACUUCAUUGAUGGCAGGCUAAAGUGAUGCCAGAGUUAUAAGUGGCACAUCACACAUGCUGAUGGGCUCCAUACCUUCCCUAUCAACACAGCAGGUACUGGAGAAAUGUAGGAGAUUUUGCUUUUCUGUGAAAUGAUUUUUCUUUGCAUGUUACAUGCAACCGGGGCACCUCAGAUCACAUCUGUUAGGCCACUGCUUUGCUUUUCCGUCCCACAGCACUUCUGAGGUCAAUCCUUUUCUCAUUUUUUCUGGUUUCUUUGGGUAACUAUGGAUGUAAACUAUGUAUAAGUGAUUAACCAGCAAGAUCUUCUGACUCAAGGGAAUUUGUUUUUAUCUGCAGGCUUUGGAUUUCAGGACUUUGGUAAACAGAUGGGAAGAAAGGCACUGUUGUAAUUAAAAGAUGUGAAUAAACAGUUUAUUUCACUCUCUUUUUCUUUUUUGAGUUGAGGUUACUCUUGUUCCUGUCUACAGCAGAUGGAAGUCACAUCAUCAGAGAUUCAGACAUAUUUUGAUUCAAGACUCAGUAUAUUUGAAAGUUAUUUUGGAAAACCAGUCCAACAUAUAAUCGAGAAGAAUUCUGAAAUACGUCCUUUGGCUUCACUAGCAUUGAUGUCAGCAAACACUAGAGAGGAUUAUAGGCCAUACACACCUCUGAAGGGAGCCUAUUCCACUGUGUGGUUUGACAGGUAUAAGAUUUUUAAUGACUGUCCUGAACACAUUGAAAGUAUUGAUUCCAUGUGCCAGCAGCUUACAGACUUGAUCAAUGAUGAGAUUAAGAAUGGCAUUGCAAAGAACAGGAUACUAAUAGGAGGCUUUUCGAUGGGAGGUGGAAUGGCAAUGCAUGUAGCAUAUAGGUUUCAUCAGGAUCUGGCAGGAGUCUUUGCACUGUCUAGUUUUCUUAAUAAAGACUCUGCUGUUUACAAGGCUUUGAAAAGAAAUGAAAGUGUUCUUCCAGAGUUAUUUCAGUGUCAUGGAACUGCUGAUGAACUAGUUCUCUACUCAUGGGGUGAAGAGACCAACAAGAUGUUAAAGUCACUGGGGGUAUCAGCAUCACUUCAUACCUUUCCAAACCUCAAUCAUGAGUUAAACAGAACUGAAAUAGAAAAACUAAAAUCCUGGAUUGAAAAGAAAUUGCCUGUUGAAGCAGCAAAGGCAAAUGAAUAAAAGAAGAUCCAGCCUCAUGUAAUUCUUGAUUUUUGUGGGUUUAAGAUCACGUGUGGAAGGUAUAUGGGUGUCCCAUAUCCAUUAUGUAAGCACAGCUUCAAGGUAGACACUCUUAUUGUCCGUAAAGUUCACCUAAGUGGUAAAAUGAUGGCGCUGACUAUUAAAACUGAUUUUAUUAUAUGGGUU